GUAACUUCAAGUCCUCUGGCUCUGAAGUUGAUCUAGAGAUAGAGAAGAGUGAAGUGGUAGCAGAUGAACCAUGGCUGCCACCACAUCCAUAUCUCUAUCACCACCAGAUUUCAUCUCCAUACUCCACCACAAACCUUGUCUAUUUCUUAAACCCCAUAAACAAUCCCUCUCAUUAAUCUCACCCAUAACCACUUUCUCAUCCAAAAAGACUCAAACUUUCCACAACCCACUUCACAAAAUCAGAAAACAUAACAACCCAAUUUGGAGAAUUUAUGCCACGGCCGGGGAAACUCCUCCAUUAGAAGCCACCCCACUCGAGAGUUCUCAGCAGAUUGUGUCCACCGGGGACGAUGCUACUGCCAACAUCAUUUCUGCUCUUCUCUUUAUUGCCUUUGUUGCUCUAUCUGUUGUCACAAUAGGGGUUAUCUACAUUGGCGUGACGGACUUCUUGCAGAAAAGGGAGAGAGAGAAGUUUGAGAAAGAAGAGGCAGUUCAAUCCAAGAAGGGUGGUAAGAAGAAGAAGGUUAAAGCAAGAACUGGUCCUAGAGGAUUCGGCCAAAAAAUUGAAGAGGAAGAAGAUUUUUAGUGUAAUGUGAUGAUUAGUGUGGAAAAUGCUCCAAGUAAGCUUUUCAUUCCGUUUGUAACUUGUAAUUGAAGCUUUCUCACUUUUUUAUUCCUUUUCUUAGUUCCUACACUUAAGCGAGAGAAUCUUAAAAGCACUUUGUUAGGGAACUUGGAGGAUUUGGUUUGGCAAAAUUAAGCUGAUUACUUGAAAGGGUGGAGUACAAUUAGUGUUCUUUUGUGGGAACAUUAACGUCAACAUUGGUUGGCCAAGGGGGAAAAUAUUUUUUUUUCUUUUUUAUGUGUAAUCUUCUUUGGUUUAUUGAUUUCAAUUUAGAUGUAGCCAUUAGACAAGAAUGGUGGGCUUGCCAAUAUGAAAAGCAUGCCUAACAUACAGUUGGCCUAUAUAAGUAGCGAUAUAGUAUUAGUAAUGAUGAUCAUACACAUACAUUCAUGAGUUGGA